AAUUAUAAAUGUGAACAAUGUCUCAUCGGCUCUUGACGGUUGAGAAAAACGGGCAUAUACCUCAGGCUCGGACCACAAACGCUUGCGUUGAAAGCGAAAUAACACGUCAAAAAGGCGGCGGAAGGAGACAUUACGAAGGUGAAAAUUAUGGGGGUCAAUAUGAACGCGGUUAUUCUACUUGCCGUAACUCGAGGUACGCAAAUAACAGUGAUAGUAGCGAUGGGGAGACGGAGAGUGACUCCGAAGUUACUGUAACGACAAGCAGCAGUAAAGGUAGGCAGAGAAAAUGUAAUAAUCGCCGUAGGAUCCGAACACAUUAUGACUCGGUCUACAAAGCCGAUGACGAAUGCAACUACAAGAGGAGAAGGAAUGCGGUAGACACCCAAAAUUAUAUGCGUGUUUCAAGGGAGCAUCCACCAGCGGCUUCUAACCCUCAGCGGCCACGACCAACAGCAGACGGAACAAGUGAAAAUUAUUUAGAACAGACUGCUAACCAGCCAGCAAUUAAAAAUACGGCUCCUAACGCCGCAACUAUUAAGGAAAACCCUCGCGCCACGAAGGCAAUGUUGAGAUUUAUGGAUAAAUUAUUUCGCACUUUGGGUGAUGUGACGGAUGGAACGGCAACAAAUAGGAUUGCCCCACCACGGGAGGCAUAUGCGCCAAAGGUGCCAGCAAUAAUAGGAAAUACGAGUAUCACAAAUCAAGACGGGCGUAACGUUAGGGAUAUACCACCGAACACGCCCCAUUAUGAACAGAAUUAUGCGCACUUUGGGAUGCAAUUGCCGCAGCAAAUAGUCUAUCAAACGCAUAUAACGCAUUUACCCACUCAAAACACGCGUUAUCCAAGUUUUAACAAGAAUUGCAUGUGCGCACAAAAUACGGAGGCUGAAAAGACAUCUGGUAAAUGUAUGCAACAAGGAGAAUAUAGUCAAAUACCAUUUCCACAAUAUGCAUGCAUGCCUUACGCACAACCUUCUCCAAUGCCGCUACGUUCAGGCUUGGCGCAAGAGUAUAUGCCUGGAGCAAGCAGACAACCCGUAGCAUGCACCCCACCAUCAACAGGCGCAGCCUCGAUACGAACUCUACCGCCAGACAUAUAUAAAUCCCAUGUCGAGGAAUAUGUGCUCUCACGCACACCACAAGGGCCGGCGUUACAAAAGACAGUGCCUACUGUAGAAUCUCUGGAACAGUCGAAUAUGCGUGCAGGAACACCAACGCAGUUUAGUCAACAAUUCUCUGAAACACAACAACCUACGCAGCCAAUUUCAGCCGAAGGAAGAAAGCUAAAUACCGAAUUCAGUUUGCUCAGAAACUCAAGUGAGCAAAGCCACCAGACCAGGCAGCCAGCAAGUGCGUUAAACCAAUAUGUAACGGUCAGUGAUGGAAUCAAUAUUAGCGGAACUGCCCAAAACAUCAAUGAGCUUCAAUAUUUAGAGACACAACUGACAUCCAAUCAAUAUCUGACUUCGGACGGUCAAAUAGCAGAUGCCACUCUAAGUCGAACCCAAAAAGCAGAAAAUGUGUAUAGCCUUGGUAACGAGUCCCUUCAACCAACAAAUCUUCCAAGCCAAAAGUUGGAUUCAUCCAUAAACAAUCCUACUAUGGAUACCUAUUAUAAAGGUUUGAGGCAAUUUGCAGGAGUAGAAAAUUCGGUCGAAGGUCCUGAGAAUUACAACGUUAUCAAUAACGAUGGGUUGAAGGAGAGCAAUGGAAAAAGCAGCGAUCUCAUAGACGUUAAAAUUAAAGCGAACGAAAUUCGAAUAAUUGAACAAGAAGAAGUGAAGCAUAUCAAUAGCCAAACUCUGGUAGACGAAGCAAAUCACGGAAAUCAAAAAGGCGAGCAAAUUAAAGAAGGCGGAAGUAGAAAGUCAGAGAAAGCGAGUCGCAAGAGCAGGAAAGGCGAGCCAAUGAGAACUAACCGCGAAGGAAAAAGUGGGGAAGUUGCAGCCAACAAAAAGUCUAAACCAAAUAGAGAAAGCAAGUACAGCAGCAAAAACGAGAAUACACCCGAAAUGAAUGAGGAAUUCAGUACAGAUAAAGAAAUGCAGAGACAAACUUCAAGUGGUAGCUGUUACAGCGAUUAUUUACGUGAAUGCUUACGCAGAAAACGCGAUAAGAAUAAAAACCAAAGAAAAAACCAACGUCACGGCGAUUCUUUUAGCGACAGCGAUGAUGAAACCUCUAACGAUUACUCGGAAUACAGUAGUUACAACGAAAGAAACAAGCGCCGCAAGCGUCACGGAAAAUAUGAGCCCACGGAUAGUGGGAGUGGCGACGAUAUGCAAUAUAGUCUAAGUCGCACCUCAUGCAAAGAACUUAAAAAGUGUUGCAGUCGCAUUGUGGCAAUUUGUCGAAUGGCUAGAGACACAGCUGGCACACAGACGGAACAAUGGGAGGACAGCGCGUCACUGCCGUUACAGAGGUCAAAUAAAUUGGUUGAUGGCUUACCAAAAAGCUUAGCAGAUGGAUUGGCAGUGGCGAAUCCAAGUGUCGUGAAACAAAUUAUGCAGCUCAAUCGGGAUAGAAGAAAGUGUAGAGUUUGCGCCUGUGGUCUGUUGGACGAAAAUGGCGCGCCAGUAGUGAACGACGACAUGUAUAUAUUAAAAUUUGAGGACAAUGAGCCCAAGUUAACCUCGCGAAUGUGCCUGGAACAUAAGUCACGCUGCAAAUGCAAUUGCGGCUGCAAGUUAUCGGAUACAGAAUCGGAAAUCAUAAGAGAGAUAAUAAGGAAAAAGCGUUUGCAAGAGAAAUCAAAGCGCAUAAAUGCGCUAAGGGUGAACAAGUAUGACUCAUGUGAUUGUCAUUCGGCUUGCGACUUCGUGGAUGAAGAAGAUGAACGAGAGUUUAUCGCGAACUUGCUGAGAAAGCAGCGCAGAAACCGUGAUCGCGAAAGAGACAGAACACAAGCACAAAAUAUGUAUGAAAAUUGCGUAUGCGACUGCGCUUCGAAAGCUAAGGAGCUCGCCACAGAGAUUAUGCAUGAAAUGGUUAAAAGUCACAUACAAAAAAUUGUUGCAGACGAAUUGCAGAAUAAAACAAAUUCACAUGAAAAUCGGAAAAGAGUUUGCACUUGUAACUUUGCUGAAAGACCAACAGCCAGACCUAAAACAGAAGAAAUCAAACAACUAGCCGGUGUAUGCAGUUGUGGUGCAGGCAAAUGUUCAACAUGGACACCUAAAUGCAGCAAAACAGGACCACAAACAUUUGAAUGUACUUGUGAACCAGACGAUAUCCCAACAGUCCAGUCUGAAACAGAGGGAGUCCAACCACAAGCUGGUGUAUGUACUUGUGAUUAUAACGAAAACCCAACAGUCAGGUCCAAAGUUGAAAGAACUAAGCCACAACCUGGAGCAUGUACCUGUGACUGUAAUGAAAACCCAACAGUCAUGCUUAAAGGUGAGAGAAUGAACCCACAAUCAGGUGUAUGUAGUUGCGAUGUCGACGAAAUUGCAGGCAAAAGCUCAACAUGGACACCUAAAUGCAGGAAAACAGGACCACAAAAAUUUGAAUGUACUUGUGAACCAGACGAAAUCCCAACAGUCAGACCAAAAACAGGGAAAGUUCAACCACAAGCCGGUGUAUGUACUUGCGAUUCUGACGAAGCCCGAACAGUCAGGCAUAAAAGUGGGAGAUCUAAAGCACAGAUGUUCGAAUGUACUUGCGAAACAGACGACAGUUCAGCAUCAGCACCUAAAAGUGAGAGAGUUGCUCCACGAACUGGUGUAUGCACUUGCGAAUCAAACGAAAUCGCAAUAUCGGUACCUAAAAGUGAGAGAACGAAGCUAAGAAAUUUUGAAUGCAUUUGCGAUCCAAUUGAAAGCAGAACAGUGACACAAACAUUCACAAGAACCAUAGAACUGCAAAGUGGAGGCCCCACCAACAACGAAAUGUCUAGCUCGAAGCGUUACAGCAACGGCAACCCAGAGCCGGCAAAAAAGAAGAGAAAAUCGAUUAAGAAACAAAGCAGAAACAGCAGGGGCAGUAAAUCAGCUGAAGAUAGCGAAAACGAAUAUAUUACAUUAAUGCAAAAUAGUAUGGCAACGGAACGUAAAGGUGGUGAGAGCUCGAAGGAUGCAAUAAGUAAAAACGAGCAAGGGAGCAGAAGAAAUUCGCUGGAAGCUCAACAGGACAGUAACAGCGACAAAACUACUGCAGAUCCACAAAUAAACAACAGCAGCAGCUCUGGACAGCGUUUAAGCAUACACAUAAGUAAGGACAAAACAAACCAGAAGGAAAUCAUUAAAAAAAAUGAGGAGGAUUAUGUGCCCGCCAGCUACUAUGAAGAUAGGAUAGAGGCACGGAGAAAAAUUACGGUUAAGUCAUAUCAAGCAGGACCACCUAAGCCAAUAAAGGAUGAACUCAAAAGGUGUAGAGAUCAUUGCGCUUGUAGAGAGAGAGUCGCACAACCAAUAGCUUUUAGAACUAAAGAAGAGAAAGACAUAGAGGAGUACGCUCUAAGUAAUGCCAGAAAUAUGGCGCAAACAAUGGUGCCUAAGUCUAAUAAAAGCUAUGAAGAUAACUCCCUCAAAGCCGACAGCGGCCACGGAUCAGUAAAAAAAAUCAUUGCAGACACAAAAGCAAGUAAGAAAGCACAUGCGAUUGGUACUGUAACAGGCUAUCCGCAGUCUAAUAAAAAUGCCGAACGCAAAACGCAGGGCAGUUUAGACAGAGAAGCACAAGGCUCUGAUUCGGAAAUGCAUUUGGAACAAAGAGCGGCACUUUGCACCGAACUGACCAUGAACGAGCUACUGCCACAGCACUCGCUGCGAACACUGCUGACCAAACUCUCCAGCCCGGAUGGCAAACUCUACGCUGCAGAUGAAUUCACUGCGCAGCCCGAAGAAAUCUUGCGUUUAGCUAAGAUUAAUCAAAGUAAAAUGUUAACGAUGCCAAGCACCGGGAAGCGUAAACUCAGUCCUACCACAGUAAUGGCACAAUCUUUGCAUAUGACGGGUAAACAAUCGAAGUCUGAAAUAAAAUCAGCAGUGGAACCGUUACGACUCGUUAUUGGAAACCGACAACUGAAGUCGAUAAGCAGCACACCGUCUUUGUCCGAGAGUUGUGGUCUCAGUGCGGUUGAAAGCACACUUCAACAACACAACAAAGCGCGUGUCGCAAAUCGACUACACGGAUUAAAGAAUAAAUUUGUUAGGAAAUCCCGUAUACCUUUACCCGUGAACAGUAGCACUUACCGAGCUGAGAAACAGAACAAAACACUAUCGAAGAGCUCGAGCGCGGAGAAGCGCGCAAAUCAACGGCCGCUUAUAGAGCAAAAGAGCGAUUCGAAUCAUCAGAUCACACGAAUCUGGCCUGAGCAAGCCGCCAUAGCAGCACAACACUUAAGACAGGAGAAGACAGCCAGCGACUCUAACGAACUGGGAGCCAAACAACUGAAAAAGUCGCAAUCCAACAUAGAGCUAAGUUGCGCUUUGAAUUACAGUCCGACACGUCCGCGUUUGGAAAGCGGCAAGCAAGAGGAAUUACCGAAACAUUCAAGUCAAGAGUCACAGUUGUCGGCGGUAUCACAGCGAAAGGUGGAAAAUACUAAAGAAAGUUUCGGCAGCUCAAACCCUGAGAAUAUGCAGUUAAAAAUGUUGAAUAUCCUUUCAGCAGCAAAUCAAAGUGCUACAAGCUCGAGCGGACUCUCCAGUGAGUCCUGCAAAACGGACGGCUUGCAGACACAAAACGAGCAGCGCUGCGCACGUUGUAGAGCUUUUUAUAAGAAAACAGGUGCACAUCAAAAUAUCAAAGAACAACAAGCGAACGCAAACGAGCGUCUCAAUUAUGAGCCGCAACCACGUCUCAGUGAGACAUUUAUUCCAGCGACGAUCCACGCCACACCUAAGCAAUGCCGCGCAGAACGCUUCAGCUUAACAGAUGAUCAGCAGACCGAUUCGGACAUAGAAUGUAUUACAGUGGAGUAUGGUGGCAGUGAGGGGGACAACUACACACAAUACCAGGACGAGUUGCUAAGAAAGCAGCAAUUAUGGCGCAAGGGCACGGUUAGGGAGGCGCUUGAAGUUGAGGAGAAAGCUGAGCGCACUAAAAAUCUGCAGCGUACCACGCUAACCGGCGAAUGUUUAGAACGCGCCAUACACUAUCCGACACGCGUGUGGAACGAGGAGCGCAAGCAGCUGAAUUUACAGCGUAAUGGCGCUGGCAUCUUUUGGCCGCUAUAACCUGUAUUAUUUCAGUUUUUACACGAUAAAAAUCUUGCCGGGGGUCAGUAAUGCUAGAAUUUGCCUUUUUCUACAUAUGCUGGAAGCUUGUUAUUGUUAUGUGUGAAAUGUGCAACAAGACAGAUUUUGCCAAACCGUGACAAAUCGGGAUUUAGACGCUUCAACGGAGCCUUUACAGAUUCACAUAACAGUAAGAGCUACAAGCAUAUCAAACAGUUGACAUAUUUGUAAUUAUGCGUUUGAAAAUAUGCAAUAAAAUUGAUAGUCGUAUGAGCUUUCUCUCUCCCACCCAUCUGACUCACACGUAUGAGAGACCAGUCUCAACCAAGCUAAACGCCAAAGACAUGCCUCAAAGUUCACGUGACUAACCCAGAAGGCUACUCGUUACUCCAUCGAUUCACGUGAAAUCCUUGAAUCUAUUGUCGACUCGUUGCUCUAUCGUUGCAUAAGGAAUUCUUGAAGUGGGAUCUAUUGUCGACUAGAAAUAUUCAUCCACAAUAUCGUAAACAAUCUGAUAUAACUAGAUGACUGGACAAAGAAAAUUAGCUUAGAUAAGCAAACGAUCGGGUCCCAAACGAAGAUCAGCCGUCUCUCACGUAAUCCAAUAAAACAAUCCAUAACAGGAAACGUGUCCAAUGUUUCCAAAAAAUUGUACUUUCUGAACGCCCUGUGUAAACCUCUAUAACGACAAACGAUCUCUGGCUGCACCUACAAUUUUUUGUUUGGAGACGACAUUUGAUGCUCGUCUCACUUAAACAAGAAGUUUUUCAUAAAAAAUACUCGUCGAAAUUUAACAUAAAAAACUUUGUAAAAGUAUAAAAAAGCGCAAUUGCAAUUGUAAGUUUUUGCUAAAACUGCGCCACAGACAGAGCUGUGGUAUCUGUGCGAAAAGAAGCACUGAAAGUCACAUUUUGGGCCUUAACUUUCCAAAAAUGGAGUAUUUGCCAAUUUUCAGCGGCGGUUUACCCAAGCGAGCUAAUAGCAGCAGGAAACUGGCCGCCAAUUCUACGCUGCAGAAUAGGGGAAUGCUUUGGCGCAAUAAAAAUAAGCUGCAAAGGACUUUGUCCGUCGUCGAAAUGGAGUACUACCGUAACGCCAAUAGCGCUAUAUAUUUGCCGCGCAAUUUAAGCUCUGCUGAUAUGUUCAAACAAGAACCCAGCACGAAGAUCUUACCGGAUUUCAUGUUACCGAAUUCAAGUCUAACGAAGAAGAAACCCCAACGCCGCCGAAAGCGAAGAUUUUUCGUCUAAGAAAUAUCUAUUUGAAGGGCAGGGAAAGGCGUCCGCAUAGAAAGCGGUCAAUUUGGCAAUACAAUUUGUAAAAUA